AUGGCGACAAAAGCGGCUUUCAAGCGGCUCACCCGGGAAUACCAAAAUAUCCAAAAAGAUCCCACUCCAUUUAUUGUGACCCAUCCAUCUGAGACCAAUAUCCUUGAGUGGCAUUAUAUCCUCACUGGACCUCCGGGAACUCCUUAUGAAAAUGGACAAUACUGGGGUACAUUGAUCUUCCCCCCAGAGUACCCAUUCGCUCCUCCCGCCAUCCGCAUGCACACCCCUAGUGGUCGAUUCCAGCCUUCUACUCGACUGUGUCUGAGCAUCAGUGACUUCCACCCGAAAUCUUUUAACCCCGCCUGGGAAGUCUCAACCAUUCUCAUCGGCCUUCUCUCUUUCAUGACUAGUGAAGAGAUGACCACGGGAAGUGUCAGCGGUUCGGAAGGUGAGCGCAGAGUGCUUGCCGCGCGAUCUCGGUGGUGGAACUCGACCGGAGGAGGUUCUCAUGUCAGCGCCACUGCCGGUGUCACUCGAACUUCCAAAGGUAUUAACAAUGUCAAGGCCGGAGAUGGAGGCUUGAAAUUCCGCACAGAAUGGCCUGAACUUGACCAAGAAAACUGGGCUUGGAUGAAAGAGCAUCGCAUCGAUUCCGCCACUGGCCAGAUUUUACCUGAUCCCGAUGCGCCCACCAAGUGUUCCCCAAAGACAAGUGCUUUACGUCGACGACCUAACGGUAGUGCUCCUGGGAUUGGUUCUGUCGUGGACGGUGGGCACGUUGCGAGAGAGGCUGGUCAAGGCUGGGCUGGACGAAACCGAAUCUGGAUCUGUGUUGCCGUCUUCUUUGGUUAUGCACUGAUCUCACGAGUAUUGAGUGAUAUGCGAGCAUGA